AAGUUCGAUUAGUCGGCCGGUUCAUUAACAAUAACUCUUUCGUGUUGUGCAUUGCAUUUAAAUUAAUUAUUUAAAGCUUUAGACUUUUACAAUUUAGGAGUUUGUAAAUUAGAUAGCUGUUGUGCAAUCAUUAAAUAUACUUUACAUAUAUAAGAAGUAGCCAGUAUGUGGAAAGCAACUGCCGGCCAUCAGAUACAGGCAACAAGCGCUGCCGAAGACGAUGACUGGGAAACGGAUCCUGAUUUCGUCAACGAUGUCAGUGAACAAGAGCAGCGAUGGGGCUCCAAGACAAUUGAUGGCAGCGGACGCGACGGGGGCGGCGCCAUUGACAUGAACAAGCUGCGAGAGGAGACGGAAAAGUCGGAUUUGAACAAGAAGAAACAAUUGCUGAAGGAUCAAAAUGCUGGCUAUGGAUACGGUGGUAAAUUUGGCGUUGAGAAAGAUCGUAUGGACAAGUCAGCAGUAGGUCAUGAUUAUCAGGGCAAAGUAGAUAAGCAUGCAUCGCAGGUGGACUAUAGCGAAGGCUUCGGCGGCAAAUACGGCGUGCAAACAAAUCGCGUGGACAAAUCUGCCGUAGGCUGGGAUCAUAUCGAAAAGGUGGAAAAACACGAAUCCCAAAAGGAUUACUCCAAGGGAUUUGGCGGAAAAUUUGGCGUGCAGGAGGAUCGCAAGGAUAAGUCCGCAUUGGGCUGGGAUCAUAUCGAAAAGGUGGAGAAGCACGAAUCGCAGAAGGACUAUUCCAAGGGCUUCGGUGGCAAAUUCGGUGUACAGCAGGAUCGCAAGGAUAAGUCUGCAGUCGGUUGGGAUCACAUUGAGGCGCCACAAAAGCAUGCCAGCCAAGUGGAUCAUAAAGUCAAGCCUAUUAUUGAGGGGGCCAAGCCGUCAAACUUGCGCGCAAAAUUCGAGAACUUGGCCAAAAACUCUGAGGAGGAGUCACGUAAACGUGCUGAAGAGCAGAAGCGUUUGCGCGAAGCAAAAGAUAAACGAGAUCGUGAAGAAGCCGCAAAGCAAACGAUUGUGGAGAACACGCCACUACCUUCUGCCGAGGAGGCACGCGCGCCACCUGUCAAGGGCAGCCGCACAGCUAUACAAACGGGACGUUCAGGUGGUAUCGGCAAUGCUAUCAGCGCAUUCAAUCAAAUGCAGUCGCCGGUAUCCGAGACACCACCGGCACGAAAAGAGCCCAUUGUCAUACCGAAGGAGCCAGCGCCUGUCGAGGCAGCAAAACCUGUCGUAGUUGAACAGCCUGCCGUGGUUGAACAGCCUGCUGCUCCGAUAGCUGCUGUUGUUAAGGAGGUUAAGGCUGCAGAACCGAAAAUUAGCGUACCGCCACCAGAUGUGGUGCCCCAAAUUGAGAUUGAGACUGUUGCCACACCACCGUCAAGCGAGCCGCAAUCGCCAGCUCACGUGGCAGCUGUGGAGAAGACGUCCGAACGCCAAUCCCAGCCAGAGCCGCAGCCACAGCCAGAGCCAGAGCCAGAGCUACAUCAGGAGCCACUCUAUCAAAACCAGGCGGAACUCAAAUCUGUAUCCCCAUUGCCAGCUGCUCAAUCUCCAAUACCAGCAGCAGCAGGAGCGAAUGGUACAUCGGAGGAAGCCAUCUAUGCCAACUCUGAUAAUUUGGCGGACUAUUUGGAAGACACAGGCACUCAUGCAAUUGCAUUAUACGAUUACCAGGCAGCUGAUGAUGAUGAGAUAUCCUUUGAUCCCGACGAUGUGGUCACGCACAUUGAAAAAAUCGAUGAUGGCUGGUGGCGUGGCCUGUGCAAGAACCGGUAUGGCCUCUUUCCAGCUAACUAUGUGCAAGUUAUUAAUCAAAGCUCCUAAUCAAGCAAAUGCUUCCGAUUAAAAUUAUUUUAAAGAACAAAAUCAAAUUAUAUAAUAUCUACUUAAUACAGCGAAAAAAUCAUGUUGGGUCGUAAUACUGAUUUAUAAUUU